AUGAGCAACACCAGCAUUGAGAACGCGACUACGCUAAACCUGUCCCUCCGCCUGCGCGGUGGUGGUAAGGUCCACGGUUCGCUGGCACGUGCCGGUAAGGUGAAGGGCCAGACCCCCAAGGUCCCCAAGCAGGAGGACUCGAAGAAGGCUCUGACGGGCCGCGCUAAGAAGCGCUGGCAGUACAACCGUCGCUUCGUGAACGUCGUGGCGGGCAUGGGCGGCAAGAAGCUGGGCCCCAACUCGAACGCUGCCAAGCAGUAA